CCCGUCAAAUAUUAGGAACGGGCUGAGAUCGAGAGAACCUGGCCCUGCAGAGCGACAGAGGAAAAGGGAGGGAGAGAAAUGGCGACGGUGGUGAAGAGCGUUGCGAAGGCGAUCAGAGAGAGGGGUCUCCGCAGCUACUUAAGGGAGCUCAAGGAGGAUGGCUUCUUAAAUUGUAUUUUCGAUGGAAACCUUACGCAAACUAAGAUCCACAAUAUUGGGGCAAGGCUUGUAGGUGUUGAUAACAUUGGCAAUAAAUAUUAUGAGAAGCUUGACACUCAAUAUGGAAGACACAGAUGGGUUGAAUAUGCAGAGAAGAGUCGCUACAACGCUUCUCAAGUACCACCAGAAUGGCAUGGUUGGCUGCACUACAUAACUGAUCAUACAGGAGAUGAGCUUUUGAUGCUAAAACCAAAGAGGUAUGGCAUUGAACACAAAGAAAAUUUCACUGGGGAGGGUGAUGAGUUUAUUUACCAUUCAAAAGGCCACAGCCUCAAUCCAGGGCAGAGAGACUGGACCAGGUACCAACCUUGGGAACCAACCAAGAAGGAGUGAGUUGUUUCUGUGGCACGUAUGUGCUCAAACUUGAAAAGAUUUGGCACUAUUGUGCUGUGUAUUCGGUUAAUAAAUGGCUUGUACUUGUGUUAGCUGUGAAUCUUUUGGAAUGCUUGCUGUGUGGAGAAGAGUCCUAAAAACUUCAUAGUUCAAUGAAAUGCUGGUAUUUUGAUU